AUGUUGAGCCCGCGGGCGGACACGAUAACGUCCGAGGCAACGCCGAUUCAGAGCUCGCUAAGUACUGAAUCUUCGACGCCAAUCGUUAGUCCGCUUCGCGAUGCCUCGGUUCACAGUUCGCUUAGCACCGAGUCUUCGACGCCGAUCGUUAGUCCGCUCCGCGAGGCCUCGAUUCACAGUUCGCUUCGCACCGAGUCUUCGACGCCGAUCGUUAGUCCGCUCCACGAGGCCUCGAGCUCGCCGAGUAUCGACCUGCCCCUGACGCCUCAAACCGCUAAACCGUCGCCCCGGGAUAGUCCGAGCGUCGAAUCCCCGGUGACCCCGUUAAACACUCCCCCCGCCGAACCACCGAGCACCGAAUCACCUUUAACACCGUUAGGUAUACAUUUACUCGCCCCGUUAGACCCUCCCCCCGUCGAACCACCGAGCACCGAAUCACCUUUAACACCGUUAGGUAUACAUUUACCACCGACCCCUAGCCCCCCGAGUGCUGAUUUACCACCAACCCCGUCGGGCAGACCGCUCCCUUUACCGGAGAGUCCCCCGAGUGCUGACCUACCCGCAACGCCCCCGUGUACCCCGUUACCAGGAACACCUAGCCCCCCAAGCGCUAGUCUACCUUUAACACCUAGGUCUUUGGUAGAUCAGAAUAGCUCAUCGUCAUCGAAUGGCACGUAA